ACCCAUAGCAGCAAUUUCCGUUAGUCAUAAUUAUCGAAGUUAACCUCUGUCUUUGUCCCAGAAUGUUGGAUAAGUGAGUGUGAAAGUGAAAUAAAAACCAGUAUACGUUCAUUUGGAAUAAUCUUGUUGAUUUCAGAGACUGAAGAAGAGCAUAAAACUGUAGAAAAAGAGAAAGAAAACUAGACCUUUGCAUAAAUGCUAACUUUCCAGUGCCAUGAGGCUGCUGAAUCUCUAAUAAUAAUAAUAAUAAUAAUUAAAAAGAAAAAUAUAGAAUGAAACAGGUAAGGUAGAAAUAAUAAAAAUAAAAAAGUCAGAGAGUGUAAUAAUAUGCAACGAUAUUAUUUUAUUAUUUAAAAUUAAUAAAUAUAUGUUAAUUAUAGACCGAAAUCAAUUUAAAAUUUGAAUAAAUUUUUUUUUUAGAAAAAUAAAUAAAAAACUAGAAAUAGAAAUAACCAUAGAGGGCAUAGUCAAGAUUCAGAGAGUCCAUUAACACAUGCACGUCUCUGAUUGUAUGCCUUGCUCUCACGUGUACGCCACGUCCUCUCCUCGUCUUUCUGAUCGCCACAGACAGCCACAAGCCCACAGCUUACUCCAAUUUCUCUAUUAUUGCUGCUAAUAAUAAUUAUAAUAAUAAUGUGUUCUUUUUUCUUUCCCUCUUCACAUCUCUGAAACAAAAGCCCACUUCCAAAUCUUCUGUUUCUAGCUGUUCAAAGAAAAGAAAAGAAAAACUUCUGUUUCUUAUUGACAGUUGCCCUUCACUUUCUUUCUUUCUAGGUUCUUGAUUUCUUCUUUAAGACUGAAUCUUUGAUUGCCACUUCUUACUUUUUCUUUCUUUUCUUCUUUGAGGAAUUCAAGGCAAUAAGUUUGGACUUGCCAAAAAGAGUAAAGAGAUAAAAUGGGUCAUCAAUUAUGGACCCUUUGAACUUUGCCACCCUUCUUACCCCCCCAAAGUCUCUCCUCCUUUGAAUUCUUGCCAUUCUUUGCUGUUUUUGAAUUACUUGCAAUUCUUGAAUUUUGGGCCUCAUUUUCUUUCCCUUUAUUUAUUUAUUUUUUCACUCCAUCAACUUACUUCAUUUGUCUUCUAAAAUCUUCCUUCCCAAUGCCAAGAAAGACGAGCAAGCACUUAAUCUCUCAUUCAAGUUCCAAAACUCUUGCAAAAUCUUUCAUGUUUUGAGAAUCUUGUUGGCGACUCCUAAUUUGUAAGUUUUUAGGAUAUCGAAACAGGGUCAUUGUCUCUUCUAGUAAAGAGCUCAGGUUUUGGCUAAAUAGCAGGGUGCAUAUAUGGAGUCAAAAAGCAGAGAGCAUUGCAAGAUCAGAAAGAGAGGGAAUUCGUCUUCAUCUUCAUCAUCAAUAGUCCAAAGAUACAGAUUCAAGAGAGCAAUUCUGGUAGGAAAGAGAGGUGGGUCUACUACUCCUGUCCCAACUUGGAAGACCAGCACAAAAUCUCCAACUUUAUCAAUGCCAAAUGCAGAAUCCACCAAGUGUCCACCCUCCCAGAGUGGGGGCAAAACUAAAGAAGCUUCGGUUUCUGCAAGAAAACUGGCUGCCACUUUAUGGGAAAUCAACAAGAUCCCUUCACCAAAGAAUUUAGAACUUGCGGGAGAUACUAAAGAGCUUAGAAGCGGAGAAAAAGUUGCAAGGUUUCCACAUUUAUCAGAUCCAUCUUAUACUCCUAUUUCAGAGAAGAUGGAUAGAUCUAGAGGAAAUGGUCACAGGAGAAGAGCAUCACUUGUUACAAAGAAAGUUCACCUCAGUGAUUAUCACUUGGAUUCUGUUGAUAAUGCUAGUUUCAUGGAGAUGGAAACUCAUACUAAAGGCAAGAAUCGUAGGGAAUGCAAUCUUGGAAUCAGAACCCGUUUGAAGGAUGUUAGCAAUGGUUUAACAGCAUCCAAGGAGCUUCUGAAAGUGCUGAAUCGUAUUUGGGGUCUUGAUGAGCAGCAUUCAUCAACUAUGGCCCUUGUCUCUGCACUUCGUGUUGAGCUUGAUCGAGCCAGAGUCCAGGUUGAUCGGGUGAUCAAAGACCAGCAGUCAAACCGCAAUGAGAUUGAGUACCUUGUGAAACAUUUUGAAGAAGAAAAGGCAGCUUGGAAAGGCAAAGAGCGGGAUAGGAUUCGCAAUGCCAUUGCGUGCGUUUCAGAAGAGCUUGAAGUAGAAAAGAAACUGAGAAGACAGACAGAGAGAUUGAAUAAGAAGCUUGGGUUGGAAUUAGCUGAUACAAAGGCAUCUCUAUCCCAAGCAUUGAAAGAGCUUGAGAGUGAGAAGAGGGCAAAGGAGAUAUUGGAGCAAGUCUGUGAUGAGUUAGCUAGAGGUAUCGGACAAGAUAGAGCUGAGGUUGAAGAAUUGAAAAGAGAAUCUGCAAAAGUUAAGGAGGAGGUGGAAAAAGAAAGGGAAAUGCUUCAGCUAGCUGAUGUCCUGCGUGAAGAGAGAGUUCAGAUGAAGCUCUCUGAGGCUAGAUAUCAUUUCGAAGAAAAAAAUGCAGCAGUUGAGAGGCUGAGACAUGAGCUUGAGGCCUACCUACAAGAAAAAGUAGUCAGUAAAGAAAAUGGCGAUGGCAAUGGCUCUCCAAAUUAUGAAAGAAUCAAAGAGCUCGAGGCUUAUUUGAAUAGAAUACGAGAUGAUUCAUGUCAAAGGAUUGAGAGAGAAGAAAAUGAAGAGGAAGUAGAAAAUGGAGAAGUUCAUGAUGGAGAUGAUUCAGCUGAUAGUGAUCUUCACUCCAUUGAAUUAAACAUGGACAAUAACAGCAAGAGCUACAAAUGGAGUUAUGCUUGUGAUGGCAUUGCUUUAGAUAAUCCGAAGCGGAUGUCAGUGGAUAGAGAUUUUAGGGGGAGGAAGUCUAUCUCUGAGAAUAUUCAAUGGGGAAGCAUUUGUUUACAGAGGAGAAACUCUAACGGUAUUGAUGGUCCUGACAGUGCUUUCAUCAGUAAAAAACAGGAGAUUUCAAAUGCUUUUGAUAGGGAAAGAUUAUCCGAACUUGAUUUGCAUUCUCAGGAUGAAGAUGAAAUCUCGUGCUACAGAUCUGUCAAGAGCCUUAGAGACCAUAUUGUAUCUGGUUCUAGAAGGCAACCAAUACAGAACUUUGCCAGUCCAACGUGACAGUGGAAGCAAACCCUGCCAUUUCAGGAUACAGGCGCUACAGUUUCGAAUAGUUCACCAGUACUGCGAGGUGAUAGUUUAAAAGCCCAGAGUGACAGGAACAAAAGGAGAAAAGCGGACUGUGACGAGCUCAUUUCAUUUCCUGAGAAAUGUUAAAUUCCUCCCAGCAGGCAAUUCAGUUGCAUCACUCAAAUAUCAGAAUGUAAAUAGAAUCAUAUAACACAAGCUGUAUGGACAUUACUUGUCAACCAGAAGUUUAUCUUUUUUUGUGGUA